AUGGCUGCAGUACAUUUCAUAGAACAAAAAGUAGUUUUCUCACCAUCUUUCUGGGCAGAGUUGGACUGGGUUGUUGACACAGUAGAUGAAGCAGUAGGUGAAUCAGUAGAUGAAUUAGUUGGUGAACCAGUAGAUGAAUCAAUAGAUGAACCAGUAGACGAAGCAGUAGACGAACCAGUAGACGAACCAGUAGACGAACCAGUAGACGAAUCAGUAGAUGAAUCAGUAGGUGAACCAGUAGAUGAAUCAGUAGGUGAACCAGUAGAUGAAUCAGUAGGUGAACCAGUAGAUGAACCAGUAGAGGAACCAGUAGAGGAACCAGUAGAGGAACCAGUAGACAAACCAGUAGACAAACCAGUAGACGAACCAGUAGUUGAAUCAGUAGAUGAACCAGUAGAUGAAGCAGUAGAUGAAUCAGUAGGUGAACCAGUAGGUGAAUCAGUAGAUGAAUCAGUAGAUGAACCAGUAGACGAAGCAGUAGAUGAACCAGUAGAUGAACCAGUAGAUGAACCAUUAGAUGAACCAGUAGAUGAACCAGUAGGUGACAAAGUGGUUGGAGGGUUAGAGGUUAGGGAUGUUGAUGACGUACUAGAGUUUAUCAAUUCUUCUGAAAAUUGA